CUGAUAAUGCCCCCCCCUCCCCCCCCAGCUCUGUUACAGGUCUGUGAGGGGGCGUCGACCUAUUGUACCUGCUCAGUCUCCAGGUGUGAUGGCAGAUUUUACAAUCUGGGGUCAUUUCUGGGUUAAUCCCUCACUACUGCCCAGGUUUCUCCUGGGGGGUCGGCACCUCUGCCUAUCAGACUGAAGGAGCGUGGAACGUCGAUGGAAAAGGAGUCAGCAUCUGGGAUGUGUUUGCUCACCAGAAGGGAAAAAUCCCCUCCAACCAUWCAGGAGACGUGUCCUGUGAGGGCUACUACAAAUUCAAGGAUGACAUUAACCUGAUGAAGGACAUGAAGCUGAAUCACUAUCGAUUCUCCAUUUCCUGGCCGAGGGUUUUACCCAGUGGCUCAAAAAGCGAGCACAUCAACGAGAAAGGAAUCAAAUAUUACCARGACUUGAUCAACAUGCUCCUGGACAGUAAGAUCACACCUGUGGUCACGCUGUAUCACUGGGAUCUGCCUCAGGUGCUGCAGGAGAAAUAUGGUGGCUGGCAGAACAGCAGCAUGGUGAGCUACUUCAACGAGUUCGCCAACUUGUGCUUUGAGCGUUUCGGGAACAAAGUGAAGCACUGGAUCACCUUCAACAACCCGUGGUCUGUUGCUGUGGAGGGAUAUGAAACAGGAGAACAUGCUCCUGGGCUGAAGCUGAAGGGAACCGGAGCGUACAAAGCUGCUCAUCACAUCAUCAAGGCUCAUGCUAAAGUCUGGCACACGUAUGACAUGAAGUGGAGGAGCAAACAGAAAGGUCUCAUUGGGAUUUCUCUGACUGCUGACUGGGGUGAACCAGUGGACGUGUCCAAUCAGAGGGACAUUGAAGCAGCAGAGCGCUACAUUCAGUUCUACCUGGGCUGGUUUGCUGCUCCGCUCUUCAACGGGGACUACCCUCAGGUCAUGAAAGAAUAUGUAGGCAGAAAAAGCGGUCAGCAGGGUCUGGGAGCUUCACGGCUGCCGGUUUUCUUGCCUCAGGAGAAAAGCUACAUGAAAGGAACCAUCGACUUCCUGGGCCUGGGACACUACACCACCCGCUACGUGACCCAGAAGAACUACCCGUCAGGCCUCGGGGACAGCUACUUUGUGGACCGUGACCUGGCUGAGCUGGUGGACCCACGGUGGCCUGAUCCUGGUUCUGAGUGGCCCCACUCGGUUCCCUGGGGCUUCCGCCGCUUGUUGAACUUUGUGAAGGUGGACAGUUGGAAGAGGAAAGCCAGAGAGACCUGCUCCUCCAGUAACCAGCUGCUGGCUGCAGAUCCUCUGAUUGGACACAUGGAGAUGGUGACAGAGAUUGUGAUUCCCACUGUGUGCACGCUCUGCAUCCUCCUGACUGCAGUGUUCUUCAUGUUCCUGCUGCGCACACGCCUCUGAGUCACGUCUUCUGUCAGCAAGCGAAGCUGAAAGACCUUCAGCUGUUUGAUUCUGAGCUGAUCGUCUGUUUCAGGUUUGAAAUAAAACAUCAAAACAACCAGAA